GGGACGCAAGCAGCGCAGAACCCGGAUGCUGAUGCUGCUCGUGUCGGAUGGGGAGAAGGGAUACAGGGAGAGUGAACGCUAGAAACCAGAGAAAGGCCCCACUGACAGAGGAGCUGCUAUCCUUGCGGUCACAAGGCAACCGAGGCGAACGGAUUAAAGCCAGGCGGUUUCAAGCGACUGUAACGCAAACUCGAGAGAAUGACUCCACGCGCGGUAGCCGAGGCGACGGGAGGAGAGCGCGAGAAGAUGCUGUGAUGUGCACAUAGCCAGCGCGCGCGAGCGAGCGGGAGGCAGGGAGGGAGGGAGGAGGCUCCUACGGUAGUUAAAGAUGCUUGUAUUUUGACCAGCAAUGUGUUCCGUACGAAUAAAGCCACGGAUUUCUGCGCAAACACUAUAGCUUACAAAAGCGCAAUGUACACUUGGCACGCGCUCGGUGGCGGAUUAAUUGGCGGAUGCAUGUGACGGAAGACCCCGAGGCUCUCUUUCGCCAAAGGGUGGCUGUUUUCUCCCGUAUAAUUCUCCCAUAUUUCCGGAUGUGAGGCCUGGAAGAUACCGUAGUUUAUAUCAGGCACAUCGGGACGCUCAUUCUUUAGAUCCAAACAUUUCUUAAAAUAAAACACUUUGAAGAGUCAGUGACAAAAGAAAGAUUCACUUAAUCGUAGACAGAACACGUAUAAGGUGUCACAAACCGGAUGUGCGGUUCUUUCGCAGAAUAGAUGUGGCCAAGUUUUUAAUAAAUAGGUCACUUGCAGUUUGGCAAUAACGUAAUAUAGUUUUGAAGAUAAGAUGCCGGUUAAAGCAAACUGAUGAUUAAACCAGGCUGCCUAUUAUUCCUGUUAUCUUUACCUGUCUUCUAUAUUCAUAAUCAUUUUAGUGUCAUUCACAGCUAUUAUCUGAUGUAGUCAUAUAGUAGCCUGUCGGCCCACAUUUAAUCGUGUCCCCUCAUCAUUCAUCCAACAGUAGCCACAGUCGCAAUAACAGCGUAAAGUUUGGCGUAUAGGCUCGGCUGGACAAGCCCCUCUCUGUUUAUAUCUGAUUUUUUCAAACGUAAAAUGCAAGCGAUCCAUUUCCACGAACUUUAAGGAGACGGCAGAUGUUUGGGAGUAGGCCACGACACUGACAUCACGUCCCAGCAUCCCUGUGUCAUCGCUCACCGUCUGUGAUGUCUGUACGGCGGAGCUAUUACGUGAGCAGGACAGGCACCGGUGGAUACAUUGUGAAAAUACACUGAGUUACCCGCUUGUAUUGUGACACAGAAGCUCUGCCGAACGAAAUGUCCAGCAAGGAGUUGUCGGGGAGUCAGGCAGCUCAGUAUGUCGGGCCAUACCGACUGGAAAAGACGCUGGGGAAGGGCCAGACAGGUCUGGUGAAGUUAGGAAUUCAUUGUAUCACAGGACAGAAGGUGGCCAUAAAGAUAGUUAACAGAGAAAAGCUAUCAGAGUCUGUUCUUAUGAAAGUGGAGAGAGAGAUAGCUAUUCUUAAACUAAUAGAGCACCCUCAUGUCCUAAAACUUUAUGAUGUGUACGAGAAUAACAAAUAUCUGUAUCUAGUGCUGGAACAUGUAUCUGGUGGGGAGCUAUUUGACUACCUGGUAAAGAAAGGCAGAUUGACGCCUAAAGAGGCUCGAAAGUUUUUCAGACAAAUUAUAUCUGCUCUGGACUUCUGUCACAGUCAUUCUAUAUGCCACAGAGAUCUUAAGCCUGAAAACCUCCUGCUUGAUGAGAAGAAUAAUAUCAGGAUUGCUGACUUUGGCAUGGCCUCCCUACAGGUUGGGGACAGUCUGCUGGAGACCAGCUGUGGAUCACCCCAUUAUGCAUGUCCCGAGGUCAUCAGGGGAGAGAAAUACGAUGGACGUCGGGCAGAUGUAUGGAGCUGUGGGGUUAUUCUCUUUGCUCUGCUGGUGGGAGCGUUGCCCUUUGACCAUGAUAACCUGCGUCAGCUGUUGGAGAAGGUGAAGAGUGGGGUAUUUCACAUGCCUCACUUCAUUCCUCCAGACUGCCAGGCUCUCCUCCGUGGCAUGAUUGAAGUUAACCCUGAGAAACGCCUCACGUUGGAAGAAAUACAAAAGCACCCCUGGUAUCAAGGGGGCAGGAACGAGCCGUGUCCAGAGCAGCCACCCCCGAGGCGUGUGUGUGUGAAGAGGAUUCUGUCUCUUACAGAUCUGGACCCUGAUGUUCUGGAGAGCAUGCACUCCCUGGGUUGCUUUAGAGACCGUGUCAAGCUCACCAGAGACCUGCAGUGUGCAGAAGAAAACCAGGAGAAGUUGAUCUACUAUCUUCUGUUGGACAGAAAGGAGCGCUACCCUAGUUAUGAAGAUGAACAUCUUCCACCCAGAAAUGAUGUUGAUCCUCCCCGUAAGCGGGUGGACUCGCCCAUGUUGACCCGUCAUGGGCGCUGUCGGCCGGAGAGAAAGAGUCUGGAGGUACUGAGUGUGACAGAGCAGGGCUCUCCGACACCUCCCCGCAGAGCACUGGAUACCUCUGCACAUAGCCAGAGGUCUCGGUCAGUUAGCGGAGCUUCAACCGGCCUCUCAUCCAGUCCCCUCAACAGCCCUCGAAGCCCAGUUUUCACUUUCAGCCAAACUGAAGUCACCUCUGCUUCCACCACCCAGUCCAAAGACCCCAAAGCAGGAAGUUCCACCACAGCCCGGGCGUCCCAACGUGUGCCUGACCAAAAAACUCAGACCCUACCCUCAAAAGCAGCCUCUGACCGUCCCCACCUGCAGUCUAUGAAGUCCCUCCCCCUGCAGACUCCUCCGUCUCCUUCGCCCUCCCCCUCUCCGCUCCCGUCCCCCAUCCCUCGCUUCUUCUUCCCUGCUCCUUCUGUCCUGAAGUCUGUCACUAAGACCAUCUAUCCUAACACUUCCCAUGUGUCGCAGGUCACCCCACAGGGCUCCCCGCUCCCCACCCCUCUGGGGACCCCUGUGCACCAUCCUCAGCACCCCCCUCCCACCCCGCCCUCCUCCUCCUCCUCUUCUUCCUCCUCACGAGCUGAAGGAGGUGGUGGUGUUGGUGGUGGUUCCAUGUCCUUAACCCCACCCUCCAGUCCUGGGGGAAGUGGUGGAAUGGCUGCCAGUAGUUCAGCCCACUGGAGGACACGCCUCAACUCCUUCAAGAACAACCUGCUGGGUUCGCCACGCUUCCACCGCCGAAGGCUACAGGUUCCUACGUCAGAAGAUAUGUCCAGUUUAACUCCAGAGUCCAGCCCAGAGCUGGCAAAGAAGUCGUGGUUUGGAAAUUUCAUCAGUCUGGAAAGGGAAGAGCAAAUUUUUGUGGUUAUCAGAGACAAGCCACUAAGCUCAAUCAAGGCUGACAUUGUCCAUGCCUUCCUAUCAAUUCCCUCCCUGAGUCACAGUGUCAUCUCUCAGACAAGUUUCCGGGCGGAGUACAAGUCCUCCGGAGGUCCGUCUGUCUUCCAGAAGCCUGUCAAAUUUCAGGUUGACAUCGCCUUUUCUGAGGGAGAGAGAGAACGAGAGAGGGACAAAGAGAGAGAAAGGGAGGGAAGGAGAGAGACUGGCAUCUACAGCGUCACCUUCACCCUGUUAUCAGGUCCUAGUCGCAGGUUUAAAAGAGUGGUAGAGACCAUUCAAGCUCAGCUUCUCAGUACACAUGACCAGCCCUCUGUGCAGGCGCUUGCAGAUGAGAAAAAUGGGCUUUCAUCUCGCCCACCCAGCACACCGACCCGUCAGAACUCUCGUCGCUCAGAGGGCGGAGGUGAUCGCGGUGAGCGACCAGAACGCAGCGAUCGAGGAGAAGGGAGCAGUAUUGGCGGUAGUGCGAGUGUACUACAAAGGAAGGGGUCUGGCAAGGAUAAAACUCGCCUCCUUUCCUCAAAUGGGACCCAGUCUCAGCCCUAAAUGAACUAAUCAGACAAGCUUUUGAGCAUGUGGGGGCGAUCCCCGCUCUUGAUUCCCCCCAGACACGACUCCCUCAUAGUCCAUCUGCACAAUACACAACAACAGGUAUACUCAGCCUUGAUUUUCACAUUACUAGCGGAAACCCUGGGAUCCAACUGCAACAAUAGGAGAGUCAGGAGUCUAUCCACAUGGAAGUGUUCUUACAUGCAAAUAAUCGUCUGAUGAAAACAAUUACGAUAUCACUUAUCCUUCUUAGGAACAAAGGAUUUGAAAAAUGGAAGCAAGAUGUAUCGCUUAAUAUAAACUCCAGCUAUAAAUUAUUUCACACAGUACAAACAAGGAGAUUGACAUACCGGUGGACAUCCAGUGAUCUAAUGGCAACAAACUAUACAAGGAGGAACAAACACUAAGUGGGACAGGAAAGAAUGUCCCUAAAUCUUAUCAUCAUCAUCAUUAUUAUCAUAAGCAAUGAUCCAUCAGAAAAUCACAAAGAGCUGUUUGAGGUAGAGAAAAGCAAACAUGUCUGGAAAAAGAGGGAAGUUCUUCAUUCUUAACACCACUUGGAGCACAAAAAAAGGAUUUCUAGAACACUAUGUAAAGAAAAGAAUAGGGAUUUUUUGGAACGGGAAUCUAAAUUGUGUAACCCAAGAUGCUACUAUAGUCCUAUGUGACUAUACCUUCAUGAUCUGAGGACAGGUGAUGCCUUUAGCAAGAUGUUAAGUGUUGAAGAUAUAGGCUAUGUUUAACACUGAUUAUUCAAGCUUGUGCUGUAGAUCCUGGACUCUGUGAUAUGUUACAGAUCAAAUAAUCAGUCAGUGUCAGAUAUGCAGUGGAGAGCUGCCCACUGGAAGCUACAGUUAGUAUAAUUGGGCGGUUUUAAGUCAUUGCAGUUCUGAGAGUGUCUCAGAUCCACCCCACUCACUAAGCAGGGCACAGAGGGAUGAGCAGGCAUCUAGAUUUCCUAUGACAUGUUCACACGGAGACUAAACAAGAGGAACAAAAUAGCCAGUCACUCCCUUGUGUCAUACAAAGAAACAGCGGGAAACCUCCGCUGUUUUCUCAUGUGACUCCUGGUAGAACUUCCAUAAUAAGUGGAAGUCCACAAAAGUCUUUUUUUGGUUUCCACUUCGAAAUUUAUGUUGUAUUUUAGAGCUGAGAUGUGAAAUAUUUCCAUCAACAAAAUGAAGUGAAUGUCAAAAAACAAAUGUCUCAAAUUGUAAUUGAUUUAUUUAAAUAUAUUUAUUUCAGUGAAUAUUUAUUUAUUUAUUUAUUUAUUUAUUUGGGUUGGAUUGGAUUAGUGUUGAGUGUUGCUGGUAAAAUCAAAAUGAUUAGGGUAGAAAAUUUUAAAUUUAGAAUAUGGAAGAUAAACUCCCUACUUGUAUCUGUUCCCAAAUAUUUAAAAAACAAAGCUGCAAAUAUCCUUUCAAACUUUUCAAAAGCCUAAGAUAACCCAUCUCAUUUUCAUUUCAUUUUAAAUAAAAAAAGAAGCAAACUCACAAAGGAGAAAGCUGGAGAACAACUUUGAAAAUCAUCCAUGCAAUUACUCCAUGCCUUGGAUGUCUCCCACGGGGAAAAGACUUCAAAACCUUCCUGGAUGUAUGACGUAAAGACUGAAGUGAACCUUAUGGAAGCAGUGGAACAAAACAGAGGGAAUGAGAAGAAGGCCCGCUGUGUUCACUCUUCCUCUUUGAGAAUGUUACCCAGACAAGAGCGCAAAGUUUUGGACUCGUGCGUACUGGGCCAGCCCUUCGUACAAAACGCGAGCAGUAUUCUUUUUUCAAACACACACACACACACACAGACACAAGAAGACUCUCGUUCUGAAAUCUGACAAUAUGAAACAGAAUGAAUGAUAACUGGACUUUGAUACUGGAAUGCACUGUCCUAAAAAUAGAAUUGUAUUCAAACAAAUAGUUGUCCCUUUCCUCGCCCGCCCACGGGAAUCGGUGAAGUGCUCUCUUAAGUGCAGACUCAGGAUCAGUGGAGCUUUUUAGCUCAUUACAUUUAUGAAUGGGGGGAACCUGAUCCUGAAUAUCCACUUAAAAGCUCUUUCUCCAAUAAGCCUCUGCCCUUAAGCCCAGAAUCUGACCGUAAUGCUCCUCGCUCUCUCCCCCUCCCUCCAGUCCACUCUUUUCCUGAUGCAAGGAGCACUGAAUGCAAAGCAAGGUUUUGCUCUGGUCCUCCCUCUGCCACCAUCCCGCAGCCAUCACAUACACUCCUGCCCAAAAAUAUCAUAGCGGAAGACAAAGCUGAUUGAAUUGAAUUGAUUUUUCAAUAACACAUUGAAUAUAUUUCACUACUGUUGAAUGUUUAGGAGCUUUGUUCAUUAGAUAAACGGUGUACAUUCUUAUUUUAGUACACUCCAAAUGCCUUAAAUCCACAUGUACAAAACGGUCAGCAUGUGCACUCUCAAACAUGCCCGGUCACUCGCAGAGGCAGAGGAAACGCCAGAGCAAAACCCUGAAGAUAUUCUAUGUUCAAUUCUGUUAGUUCUCAGGCAGGGUAAGUCUGGGAGUGUGCAAAUACAGACUGUCUGGACACCAGCUCUGAGUGAAUGUGAAAUACACUCCACAUGCUUUCUCUGUGUUCAUGACACUCUCCUGCUCUACGUGUCCAUCCUCUCCUCCUCCUCCUCCCUUUCACAUAAUGCACUGAAUGAUACUCUGUUUUUGUUACUCGCCUCACACUUACAGCACACGUAUCACAUUUCAUAUGUAUCGUUAGUCUUCACUUAUUUACCAUACAUUAUAUACCUCAUCCUGCUCCUGACUUCCAAUCAUAGAAUUAUACUUUAGACCACCCCCUUCCCUCUUCUCUCAUUAUAUACAUACACCCUGCCUGCCCCCAAUGUAUGCUCCCCCUUCCCCCCAUCUCUGUUCAUUGUAAACAGAAAAUAUUACUCAUAUCUUCAUUCUUUAUCCAUUCUAUAUUCACCUGAUGAUUAUUGAUUAUCUUUGUCGUCAUUACUGAUUACUCCUCUUAAGAUUGUAAAGCUGUACUCUUUCUUCC